GCAACCCAGUUGGGUCUGCAGUCAGGCAACGGGCGGCUCGGUGGAUCCUGCAGGACACGGCACGCGGGUUCUGGUCGAUAGAUACAUCAGGGCGCAAGAUGGUGACGGCAGGGUCGACAGUCGCUUUGGCGGGAUUCUUGAUCCUCUGCACGCUUGUCGCAGUGGAGUCCCUGGAAUGUUACGAGUGCAACAGCCACACGGACAGCAACUGCGCGAAGGACGUGCCUCCUGACACUCUGAAGAAGGACUGCUCCACGCACAUAGAAGGCGCCAAGUACAAGCUCUGCCGCAAGAUCGUUCAGUACAUUGACUUCGAAGUGAACGGCAAUAAGCCAGAGAAGCGCAUCAUUCGAACUUGUGGAUGGGAUGACUCAAACUACCAAAAUGCUUGCUAUCACCGCUCUGGGUUUGGUGGCCGACAGGAAGUGUGUUCAUGUGAUAAGCCUCUUUGCAACUCCGCUCCAAUAUCUUUCACUAGUGCAAGUACUAUGGCUGUACUUGUGUUCAAUAUUGCCAGAUUUUUGUUCUGAACUUAGUGCUAUUGACUACAGAACAGCAAAUAAUCAUUAUACCCACAACAACAAUAUGGUUCUUUCACCACAUGUGGGACAUUCUGUUUGUAAGCAAAAUAUGCUUCUUCAUCUUUGAUGAAAAUUUUGUUUGUGAAAAGCAUGUUUCCCUCUUUACUGCCUUCAUCUUACAAACUGUGCAUAUUUAUUGUUACAAAUUUAUUAUCUUCAUGGGAACAUGUUUGCACAAAACCAUUAUUUUCAUUUCCAAUAGUGAUGCACAAACCUAUUUUUAAACCCAAAAAUAAAAAAGCAACAGUGCAUUAUUUUUAUAUUGGUUUUUUGCAGUUGGUUACAUUUUGAACUUAUGCUUUUCUGAUGCAUUUAUUCAACAGAAGGUAACUGUAAUUUUAAGACACACCAUUUCAUGUCAUUUUGUGACCGUUUUACUAGAAUAUUCUUGCUCUGUAAUUUUGUAUAUGACCUCGGCCCACACAGGAUUAUACUUUACAGCCACAUGAAAAAUACCAUAGUGAAUAAACUGUACUCAGAUAUUACACAUUAUCACCAAGAUAUCAUACAAUUUUGCUGCUUCACUGAAUUGAUAAAGAAGAUGAAACAUCACGUCACAGCCAGCAUUGAUAUUAUACAGAAAUCUUCACGAAUAUGUUCUGUUUUAUAUAUAAUGCAAAAAUGACUCUUUACAAUAAAUUUCCAAUCUGCAAAUUUCAUUUUAAUACAAACUUUUAUUUUAGUCAACUGCACUACUAAAGAUUACUGAGUGCAGGAAAAAAUAAUUCAAAGCCAGAUUGGCAUUAUAGCAAUUAGAAAAAGUGACUUAAUGCAGGGAAUCUGCAGACUGAAUUUUGGUCAUUACACCAAUUCUUCUGUGUUCAAAAAUAACCUGCCUUGUCCAGUAGAUUAUAUGUGUUGUGAGUGAGUGGCAUUCAUUGUUAAUAGGACAAUAACAUUAUUCACCAAUGUAAUAAAACAGAUCAAUAAAAUUGAAAUUUAUGUCAAAAUAAUACAUUGUAAAUGUUAUGAAACAAUUUAUCUAUAGGGGAAUAUGUUAUUACCGACUACAUUCUGUAAUGUUGGAAAAGCUGAUUCAUAUCCUGCUUUACAAAGGAAUUACAGAUAUCUUAGAUUUGUUGAUGUUAUGAAGUGCUUGAAACAAUUCUAUCGAAACAAAAAUGCUCACUUUGUUGCUAAUUGUGUAACACUAAUCAUAUACAUCUGCAGUGAGUUGUUUUUAUUGUUUAUUUUGUUUGACAUGUUAAUAUUUAGGUGAUGUACAAUCAACUCUCAUUACAAAGAAAAGAGUUAAUUGCAGGACAGCUGUACACUGAAACAAUACUUGUUUCUAGAAAUUCAUACCGUGUCAUAGAGUGCCCUUGACCUCUUAUUGCAGAUGAAAUCUCUGCAUCAGUAAGUUACACAUAAUUGUUUUAUGUGAAACGAUUUAACUAUAGGUAAGAAAUUUUCGCUUAGUGGUGUAGAUUAAUAAAGUGUAAUGAUAAAACACCUGCUAAAACUAAAAUGACAAAAUUUAAAAUCUGAGAUCUUCAGUAAUGAUUAUUUUGAUGGUGCUCAGUCAUAUUAUAUAUUAUAUUUAAAUUGAAUAAUAGCUAUGUGCCAAUUAUUGUCUAUUUCUCAUGUAUAACAGACAAAGGUAUAAGGAUGGAGUUUGCCUUGAACUAAGGCCCAGUAACCAAGUCAUGCUCCAACAUUUUGGAUUUUCAUAUGUGACUAGGUGGCAUUCCUUUUCAUCCAUGAAAUUUAACCUUCCCUCUGCACUUCACCAGGAGACAGACCAUUCAAUCAUCCAUAAUAUAUUGUAAAUUAAACAGAAUCUUUGAAUAGUUUUAUUAUCAUAUCAGAAUGGUUUCUGUUGAUGCUCUAGAAGUCAACAGUACAGAAAGGAUGAGAAUUCAAACCUACAUCUAUGAAUUAAUUUGUCGUCUAUUGACUAACAUGCAUGAUAUAGAAAGAAGUUAAACCAUAUUGUAAAAACUGUUUUAUCUGCCAUCAUGCCCCUAAUUUUUUAAUGAAAAGUGAUACAAACAUUUGACCUUGUAAUGGAAAUUUGACUACAAACUCAUUUACUUGUAAGGGAAAACCGACAAACUAGAAAUGAAAUAAGGUAUUUAUUGUAUAACACCAACUGACAAUGAAAUAACAAAGAAUGUAUAGUUCAUAUUGCAGUGAAUUUUCUACAGAGAAUAAUAUAAAAUGUUUUACAACUGUAUUGUUUUGAAAAUAUUACAUGCCAAAUCGUGAAAAAUCCAAGGUGUAAGAGGACUGUUGGACAAAAAUAAUGAAUUGUCAUUAAUUGUGGCAAAUAAUCUGCAGAGAAAAUCAUGAAAUAUCUGUAAUAUUUUCCUCAGAACGUAAUACACAAAAACAUUUAGUUUUAUUGAAUAUUUUCAUCUGCUGCUAACCAUCAACUGUUGCAAACAUCAUAAGAGUCUAAACACUGGUAUUUCAUAGCUCUCAUUACUGAAAAACCAUGUGAAAUAUAUUUACAACUUCAUCUGGAUCUGUCUAUCAAUUUAACAGUCAUUAAAGUGACUAGAUUUUAAACUUCAAUAUGGAAGGGAUAGGUUGCUGCUCUCCACAUAGAGGAGGUGUUGGGUCACAGACUGGUAGAAUACUGAAGUUUUCGGACAUUCUCUCAGAAUAGAAAACACAGACACUUUUACACAAGCACAACUCACUCACACAUGACUACUGUCUCUGGGCUCUUGGGAAUGGUUGUCUGGCCCCAAUGCUCAGAGACUGUGGUUAAUUUUGUGUGACUUGUGUUUGUGUGAAUGUGUGUGUGCUUUCUGUUUUGGAGGAAGGACUUUGUUGGAAAGCUCUAAUGAUUUAGCAGUCUUUUUCAUCGGGCCUGUCUGUGGCUCAGCAUCUUCUCUAUGUGGUGAUUAGCAAUCUAUCCUUCCCAUAUUGUUAUUCCAUCCUGGAUUUUCCAUUGUUAGAUUAUAAACUUAUUAUUUUCCAUGAAAUAUUUGCCACAUAGUACUACAAUUCUCAGUAAUGCACAGAUUUAUUUCAGUUCUUAGUGUGAAUGAAAAUCUUUUCUUACUUGUACAAUAGUUAGGAAGCUAAAAUUAAAAUUCUGACAAUUUGGGAUCUCAGAGCUGUGAAAAUUUCUUCCAAACAGAAAUUUUUGACAGAUCUCCAGUGUCAGCCAUAUGUCUUACGAAAUAGUCUGAAAACGUUAUAUAAGUGUCAUCUUGACUUCUGUUCAACAAUAUAUUUAGCUUAUGUUAUAUUGUAGUUGUUAUGUAGAUAACAAUAAUAAUAGUGGGCCCAGAUAUUCUGGAUUGUAAGAAAUAUAAUGUAUAGAGAGUGAUAAAAUUUUGUGAUAAUAAAAAACUUCCCUCGA